GCCUGGUUGCGCCUUCAGGAAAAUGGCUGCUGGGACGGGUAAGCACAAGCUGCUGAGUGCUGGACCUACGGAGCCAUGGUCUAUCCGGGAGAAGUUAUGCUUGGCUUCUUCUGUCAUGCGGAGUGGCGACCAGAACUGGGUGUCUGUCAGCAGAGCUAUCAAACCCUUUGCAGAGCCAGGCCGCCCACCUGAUUGGUUUUCUCAAAAGCACUGCGCAUCCCAGUAUUCUGAGCUCCUGGAGACAACAGAGACACCUAAAAGAAAGCGUGGUGAGAAAGGAGAAGUGGUAGAAACUGUGGAAGAUGUUAUUGUGAGAAAACUGACAGCAGAGCGGGUUGAGGAGCUGAAGAAGAUGAUUAAGGAGACACAAGAGAAGUACAGGCAGCUGAAGAGGGAUGCAGAACUGAUACAGGCGGGGCACAUGGACCACCGGCUGGAGGAACUGUACAAUGACAUUGUGGUGAAAAAAAGAAUGGAAGAAGAGGAGGCAGAGGUGAAGAGGAAAGCUACCGAUGCUGCUUAUCAAGCUCGUCAGGCAGUUAAGAAUCCAUCACGAAGAGUUCCAGGAAUGAUGGUCCGCUCUCCAGCAGGCUCAACCUCGCCAGGAGGAGACUACACUCUAGGGGAUUUGUCUCAGCCCACGGUGGAAGAGACUAGUCCAGGGGUAACUCCAGGGACAUUGCCCAACACCCCAGUUGCCUCCUUCAUUGGGAUCCCUGACACCCCUAUGGGCUCCACCUCACUGGAUGCCCCCAUGACCCCAGUCACAGAUGAUUCAGCCCAGAAAAAGAUGCUAGGACAGAAAGCAACUCCGCCUCCUUCUCCUCUGCUUUCAGAGCUGCUGAAGAAAGGCAGCCUCCUUCCCACAAGCCCCAGGCUGGUUGGCGAAAGCGAGAUGACAGUGGUUUCUGGUCAUGCAAGCAGCUCUGGUAUCCUCCUGGAUGUGGGAGGGGUCCUUCCAGUGCUGCAUGGUGGUGAAAUGCAGUUAGCUUCCACUACCGUUCCUGCAUCUCCUGCUGCUUCUGGUGCUCCUACUCUUUCCCGCCUUUUAGAAGCUGGUCCAGCACAGUUCACCACAUCGCUUGCUUCCUUUUCUGCUGCCACCAGUGAACCUCCAGCCAAACUUCUGCCUCCCCCUGUAGAAUCCAUGUCUCAGACAACUCUAGUCACGGUGCCCACAUUACCAGCAUCAGCUGCUGUGCCACCAACUACAACUCCUGAAAGUGUAGUGUCAGUGAGUCAGCCCAACGCGUGUGUUUCCAUGGAGGCAGUGCCCGAUCCUCACUCUGUGACAGUGUCAAUGGACAGCAGUGAAAUUUCCAUGAUCAUUGAUUCCAUCAAGAAAGAAUGCCUGGGCUCUGGGGCAUCCGUUGCUGUAGGGACUUCCAAAGACCACAGCAUGGAUGGGAAGGAAGACCUUGAUCUGGCUGAGAAGAUGGACAUUGCAGUUUCCUACGCAGGGGAAGAGCCGUCCUACACUGGGGAAGAACUGGACUUCGAGACGGUUGGGGACAUCAUAGCCAUAAUUGAGGACAAGGUGGAUGACCAUCCUGAAGUCUUGGAUGUGGCAGCAGUUGAGGCUGCUUUGUCUUUUUGUGAAGAGAUUGAGGAUCCCCAGUCAUUGACUAGCCCCUGGGAGCAUCCAAUCCAGCGAGAACAUCCAAUCCAGCAGGAGCACGAGAAGCAGAAUCAGAUUCCCCAAAUGGCUGUGACCAUAAAGCAAGAGAGAGCUGACUGCGAGGAAUCUGAAGCGAAGGGGAUCAGAGAGCUAAUGAGCAUUGGGGAUCUGGGGACAGAAAUAAAAACAGAGCCCGCAGAGCAGGAACAGAUCCAUUUGGGCUCUGAGGAAGUGACCGGAACAAAUGAAACCCCUGAGCUGAGGGGUCACGUCUCUGAGGAACAGCAGGCUGCAGUUGCUGGCGUUCAGAGCUCUAAAAUGGAGGUGGAAUCGACGAAAGAGGAAGUGCAGCACAGCACAGUGAAGACCGAGCUCCCCCUUGAUGAUGACACUUCCUCUCCACAUGCUCCAAGUGCAAGUGAAGACUCCUCACAGGCUGACCUUCACCACAAAUAUGAGCUUUCAGAAUCCAUGAAGGAGGAAGCCCAAGCUCUCUUUGAGAACCAGAUGAAGGAUGCUCAGGGUGAAGAGGAUGAGGAGGAUGGUGCCAGCGAGGCUGCCAGUCUGGAGGAACCCAAAGAGGAAGAUCAGGGUGAGGGGUACCUUUCAGAAAUGGACAAUGAGCCCCCUGUGAGUGAGAGCGAUGAUGGCUUCAGUAUCCAUAAUGCACCUUUGCAGUCUCACACACUGGCUGACUCCAUCCCCAGCAGCCCUGCCUCCUCACAGUUCUCUGUUUGCAGUGAGGAUCAGGAGGCCAUUCAAGCCCAGAAAAUUUGGAAAAAAGCAAUUAUGCUGGUUUGGAGAGCGGCGGCCAAUCACAGAUAUGCCAAUGUCUUCUUGCAGCCUGUGACUGAUGAUAUAGCUCCAGGAUACCACAGUAUUGUACAGCGGCCGAUGGAUUUAUCAACCAUUAAAAAAAACAUUGAAAAUGGGCUGAUCCGGACCACAGCAGAGUUCCAACGAGAUAUCAUGCUAAUGUUCCAGAAUGCCGUCAUGUACAACAGUUCUGACCAUGAUGUGUACCACAUGGCUGUAGAAAUGCAGCGAGAUGUCUUGGAGCAGAUUCAGCAAUUUCUAGCCACACAGCUGAUCAUGCAGACGUCUGAGUCUGGGAUCAGUGCAAAAAGUCUGCGUGGACGAGAUUCCACUCGGAAACAAGAUGCUUCAGAGAAGGACAGUGUCCCCAUGGGCUCUCCUGCAUUUCUCCUUUCUCUCUUUGAUGGGGGGACCCGAGGGCGCCGUUGUGCUAUCGAAGCAGACAUGAAGAUGAAGAAAUGAAGCUGAAGGCAACAGACCGGACCCUACAAUCUAAACAAGAACCUUCCU